AUGGACGGUAUUGGUAAGGUCGAUAUCAUCGCGAGAAAUACAAUCAAACCGUCCUCUCCGACGCCGGAUCACCUCAGAAUCUUCAAGCUAUCUCUUCUCGAUCAGAUCAUUCCUCCAAUGUACGGCCUUAUCGUUUUCUUCUACCCUGCAGAAACCGGCACAAACUUUUCAGAACAGUCCUCUCGCCUAAGGGAAUCUCUCUCUCGAACUUUAACCACUUUCUACCCCAUGGCCGGUCGGACAAACGCCAUUGAACCCUCCAUCGACUGCUCCGACGACGGUGCUUUCUUUGUGGAAGCCAAGAUGGACUGUGAGCUCUCUGAUUUUCUCCGAAAACCUGACGGUGAGUUGUUGAACAACUUCCUUCCAACCACCGAUCCGCUAACCGCUCAAUUAUCGGAAGGCUACGUAACCCUAAUUCAGAUUACGGGGUUUCGAUGCGGCGGUACAGCCGUCAGUGUCUGCAUUUCCCACAAGAUCGGCGACAUUUCCUCACUCGUUACUUUCCUCCAUGGCUGGACCUCUUCCGGUGAAGCAGGUUCCCCGGUGUUUGUCGGAGACUCUUUGCUUCCACCGAGGGAUUUAUCCUUCGCGCAGCGAACCGACAUAAAAUCCGGGAAUUUGAUCACGAAGAGAUUUGUGUUCGAGGCCUCAAAGAUUUCUCAUCUCAAGGACAAAGUGGGCGCAAUUGAUCACAACAUCCAGAUGAUCAACAAAUACCCGUCCCGAGUUGAAGUGGUUAUGGCUCAAAUCUUCAAAUGCGCCAUCGCCGCUUCUCGGUCGGUAACGGGGUCAUUUAAGACGUCGGUUCUUUUCCACUCGGUGAAUCUGCGCCCGAGGACGGACCCGCCGUUGCCCGAGAACUCGGUCGGCAACCUCAUAUGGUUUGUUCCGGUGGUGAUAGAAGAGAGCGAGAUGGACUUGCGCACAAUGGUCCACAAGAUGAAGAGGUUGGUGAAUGAGUUUUGCAAUGAGAAAGCUAAAAAGUUCAAAGACCAUAGUUUGUCAGUACUUGGUGAGUUUGGGAAAUGGGCAGAGUUUAAGGAGAUGGAGUUUUAUAGCUGCUCAAGUUGGUGUAAAUUUCCGUUAUAUGAGACAGACUUUGGGUGGGGAAAGCCUAUAUGGGUCAGUAGUGCGAAUCUAACGUUCAAAAAUUCUAUAAUUCUGGUGGACACGAGAGAAGGGGAUGGAAUAGAAGCUUGGGUGACGUUGGAGGAAGAAAAAAUGGCCAUAUUUGAACGCGACAACGAGCUUUUGGAUUCGGCUACGUUCAACCCUAGUGCAUAUUUGUAUAUUACUAGUACCCAAAGUGUUUGA